CACACCGCUUAAAGAACUCCCCGUUCCCUCCUCCUCCAGCCUCGCGAAUCGCGAAUUCGCGAUCCACAUCGGAACACCACCGGUCCCGAGGUCGUCUCGCACCAAAUCCUAAAUCUCUGUUGAGUUUGGUAUCUUCGGAGAAUCUGGCCGCGCUGCCGACUCUUGGGCUGGCAUGUCGCGAUGGUCGCGUUCCUGGUCCUCCCGUGGAAAUUGCGCGCGUUAAGGUGAAAUUGGGUGAGUAUUGGUGUGCAGUGGGCAAGAAAACCACAUCGUUGCGCCGCCCUCGAGUUAUUUGGUGUUCUUGUCUUCGGCGGGGAGACGGGGGAGGAGGAACAGAAGCGAGCCUAGGAGGGAGAUGAAGGAUGUGGCCUUGGCUGGAGAGGAUUGCGUCCGCGUGCUGGGACCGGGUCCGGAGGUACGCGCUUACGAGGAAGGAUGAGGACGACGGCGACGCCGACGAGCUGCUGUGGUCGAGGGACCUGGGGCGGCACGCGGCAGGCGAGUUCUCCUUCGCCGUGGUGCAGGCGAACGACGUGCUGGAGGACCACAGCCAGGUCGAGACAGGCGGCGCCGCCACCUUCAUCGGCGUCUAUGACGGCCACGGUGGCGCGGAGGCGUCCCGCUUCAUAUCCAACCACCUUUCUGCGCACAUCGUCCGUCUUGCCCAAGAAUAUGGAACAAUGUCUGAGGAUGUUGUUCGAAACGCUUUUUCUGCUACAGAGGAAGGCUUCUUGUCGCUUGUGCGCAGGACACAUUUAAUAAAACCUUCUAUGGCUACUAUUGGAUCUUGCUGUCUGGCUGGUAUCAUAUGGAGAGGGACACUCUACCUGGCCAAUCUUGGUGAUUCUCGGGCAGUCGUUGGUUGUUUGAAUGGAUCAAACAAAAUUGUUGCUGAGCAGUUAACAAGAGACCACAAUGCAAGCAUAGAAGAAGUUAGGCAGGAGCUUAGAUCUCUUCAUCCUGAUGAUUCACAAAUUGUUGUUCUUAAGAAUGGUGUUUGGCGCAUCAAAGGCAUUAUACAGGUUUCAAGAUCUAUAGGUGAUGCAUACUUAAAGAAGCGAGAAUUCGCUCUUGAUCCAUCCACAGCUCGUUUCCACCUCUCUGAACCUCUCCGUCGACCUGCUCUGACGUCAGAGCCAUCUAUAUGUACGAGAGUUCUUGGUUCACAAGAUAGUUUUUUGAUCUUUGCGUCGGAUGGAUUAUGGGAGCACCUCACAAACCAGCAAGCUGUUGAAAUUGUCUACAAUAAUCCACGAGUAGGUAUUGCAAGGAGACUAGUAGAAGCAGCUUUAAAAGAAGCUGCAAGGAAGAGGGAAAUGAUGUAUAAUGAUAUUAAGAAACUUGAUAAAGGAGUCCGUCGCUACUUCCAUGAUGACAUCACAGUUGUAGUUGUCUUCAUCGAUCAUGAGCUGCCGCAGGAGGGUUCUUCUGCUUCUGUUCCUGAACUUUCAGUUCGUGGGUUUGUUGAUUCAGGAGGCCCCUCUAGCUUUUCAGGGUUGAAUGGUAUUACUUGACAUGCUGCUUAGUGAUCUUGGUGCCUGUCAUCCUGAUGUAACAUUAAACAGGGUCUUCUUUUGGUUCUGUUCUUGCAUAGUGCUUUCGACUGUAUUUACUUGAGGCCAUCUUGGAAUGCCAUUUCAUUCUUGGUAAUGUCUGGCUAAAGUACUUUUCCAUCUUCCUAAAGAAUAAGCACAGCACCUUGUUAGCUCAGUGCUCAUUGCAUAUCAGUAAAGAUUAUGUUAUUGCGAACUAUCUGCGUGAGUAUUGAUCAGUUUGAUUUCGUAUUGUCUGAAUCUAAAUGGGAGUUAAUGUUA